CUGCUGCUGCUGCUGCUGAUCUGCUUUACCUUUGGAAAUGGACUUCACUUAGAGGCCUUAAAUGCAAGAAGUGAAAGCAAGCUGCUUCCGAGGCGCUCUCACCUGGUGCGGCAGAAGCGGGCCUGGAUCACGGCCCCCGUGUCUCUGCGGGAGGGAGAGGAUCUGUCCAGGAAGAAUCCCAUCGCCAAGAUACAUUCUGAUAUUGCAGAAGAAAGAGGAAUAAAAGUUACAUACAGAUACACUGGAAAAGGGAUUACAGAGCCUCCUUUUGGUAUAUUUGUCUUUAAUAAAGACAAUGGAGAAUUGAAUGUUACCAGCAUUCUGGAUCGGGAAGAAAUACCGUUUUAUGUGCUAACGGCGUAUGCUAUGGAUUCCAGAGGAAACAACCUAGAGAAGCCACUAGAGCUCCGCAUCAGGGUUCUCGAUGUCAAUGACAACGAGCCUGUGUUCACCCAGGAAGUCUUCGUUGGGUCUGUGGAAGAACUGAGUGCAGCACACACACUUGUGAUGAAAAUCACUGCAGAGGAUGCAGAUGAGCCCAACACUAUGAACUCUAAAAUUUCCUACAGAAUUGUAUCUCAGGAGCCUGCAUAUUCUCCAGUGUUCUAUCUAAAUAAAGAUACAGGAGAGAUUUAUACAACCAGUAUUGCCUUGGACAGAGAGGAAUACAGCAGCUACUCUUUGACAGUGGAAGCAAGAGAUGGUGAUGGACAAGUAACAGACAAGCCAGUGCACCAAGCUCAAGUUCAGAUUCGUAUCCUGGACGUCAAUGACAACAUACCUGUAGUGGCAAAUGAAAUGUAUGAAGGGACUGUUGAAGAAAAUCAAGUCAAUGUGGAAGUUAUGCGCAUAAAAGUGACGGAUGCUGAUGAAGUCGGCUCUGAUAAUUGGUUGGCCAAUUUCACGUUUGCCUCAGGAAACGAAGGGGGUUAUUUCCACAUAGAAACUGAUACUCAAACUAAUGAAGGGAUUGUGACCCUCGUCAAGGAAGUGGAUUAUGAAACAAUGAAGAAUCUUGACUUCAGUAUUAUUGUCACUAAUAAAGCGGCUUUUCACAAAUCCAUUAGGAAUAAGUAUAAGCCUACACCCAUUCCUAUCAAAGUAAAGGUGAAAAAUGUGAAGGAAGGCAUUAAUUUCAAAAGCAGCACAGUUUCAGUCCGCGCUAGUGAAGGAAUGGAUGUAUCAAGCCUAAGCCAGUCAAUUGGAAAAUUUCAAGUUAUUGAUGAAGACACUGGACAACCUGCUCAAGUAAAAUAUGUAAAGUUGGAAGAUAGAGACAGUUGGGUCUCUGUGGAUUCAGUCACGUCAGAAAUUAAACUUGUGAAAGUUCCUGAUUUUGAAUCGAGAUAUGUCCAAAAUGGUACAUACACUGUAAAAGUUUUGGCUAUAUCACAAGAUCAUCCUACCAAAACCAUCACUGGCACCGUCCUCAUCACAGUUGAAGACAUCAAUGACAAUUGUCCCACACUGGUGAACCCCGUACAGAGUAUCUGUGAAGACGCACCGUAUGUGAACGUUACAGCAGAGGACCUCGAUGGAUACCCCAACAGUUGGCCUUUCAGCUUCUCGAUUGUGGAUUCACCACCUGGGAUGGCAGAAAAAUGGAAAAUAAUCCGCCAAGAAAGUUCCAGUGUGCUGAUAGAGCAGAGCAAACGCGAGCUCGGGAGAAGCGAAGUUCCCUUCCUGAUCGCUGACACGCAGGGCUUCAGCUGCCCAGAGACGCAGGUCCUGCAGCUCACGGUGUGCGAGUGCCUGCAGGGCAGCGGCUGCGUGGACGCGCAGCGCGACUCGUACGUGGGCCUGGGGCCUGCGGCCGUGGCACUCAUCCUCCUGGCCCUCCUGCUCUUGCUCUUGGUGCCACUUUUGCUGCUGCUUUGUCACUGCGGAGAGGGCACCAAGGGCUUUACCCCCAUACCUGGCACUAUAGAGAUGCUGCACCCUUGGAACAAUGAAGGGGCACCCCCUGAAGACAAGGUGGUGCCGUCGCUCCUGGCGGUGGAUCACGGGGAGAACUUAGCAGUGAGGAACGGAGUGGGGGGCGCAGUGACCAAGGAAGCCACCGCGAAAGGAAGCAGCUCUGCCUCCUUUUCCAGAGUGCAGCACGACUUGAAUGAGAUGGACAGCAGAUGGGAGGAACACAGAAGCCUCCUCGCCGGCGGGGCCACCCAGGGCUCCAGGACGAUGGGAGCUGCGCUCGGAGCCGAGACUGCGCGGUCCAUGAGAGCGCUGGGGGCGUCCAGAGAGGUGGCCGGAGCCCGAGCCGCUGCUGCAGCUGGCGCGGUCAGCGAGGAGUUCUUAAGAAAUUAUUUCACUGAUAAGGCGGCCUCCUACACCGAGGAAGAUGACAUUCACAUGGCCAAAGACUGCCUCCUGGUUUACUCCCAGGAAGAAGCAGAAUCUCUUCAUGGGUCCGUGGGCUGUUGCAGUUUUAUUGAAGGAGAGUUGGACGACCACUUCUUGGAUGACUUGGGACUUAAAUUCAAGACACUAGCUGAGGUUUGCUUGGGUCAAAAAAUAGAUGUGGAUGUGGAAAUUGAGCAGAGGCAAAAACCUGUGAAAGAAACAAACUUGAGCACAGCCGCACGCUCACUCUAUGAGCAAACCACAGUUAGUGCCGAGAACGCCUACUCCACUGGCAGCCACUUCCCAGCUCCCAAACCUUUACAUGAAGCCAGCACAGAGCAGGUCACUGAGGAAGUGGUCACCGAGAGAUCAGUGUCUUCCAGGCAGGCUCAAAAGGCAGCGUCACCUCCUGACCCUCUGGCUUCCGGUAAUGUCAUCAUGACAGAAACGUAUACCACAGGCUCUGCUGGGCCCCCAACCACUGUGAUCCUGGGUCCCAGACAGCCCCAGAGCCUUAUCGUGACAGAGAGAGUGUAUGCACCGGCUUCCACCUUGGUAGAUCAGCACUAUGUGGGGGAGGGUAAUGUUGUGGUCACUGAAAGAGUAAUCCAGCCUAAUGGGGGCAUCCCUCAUCCUCUGCAAGGUGCCCAGCAUCUGCAAGAGGCACAGUACGUUAUGGUGAGGGAAAGAGAAAGUGUCCUGGCCCCUGGCUCCAGCGGGCAGCCCAUGCUGGCCGUGCCCAAUGUGGCCGUAGGACAGAAUGUAACCGUGACGGAAAGAGUGCUGGCCCCUGCCUCUACUCUGGAAUCCAGGUUCCAUAUUGCCUCCGAAGCCUCGGGGAAGGCCACGGUUUCUGGGGCUGGGGUCCCUGGCACUCUGCCAAAUUCUGCUUUGGAGGGAUCAGGCCAUUCCCAGUCUACCAUGACCACAUCCUCCACCAGAGUCACCAAGCACAGCACCGUGCAGCAUUCAUAUGCCUAAGCAGCAGCCAGCCACAGACACACCCAGAGUCUCACUAGCAGUGACUGCGGCACGUUUUCCAUCCUCCCAGCUCUUCACGAGCCUCCCAGACAUGCAGAGGUCAUAUGCAUUCAGCUCCAGUGUUUUUCUCAGUCACUGAGACUCCAAGGCCUCCACUAUCUCUGCUUCCAGGGUCAUAUCCCAGAAAUGCUUCCUGAAUCACUGUGGGCAUAGUGAUGAUGCUGGUUAGUGCUUUUUAGUAAGUUGUGCAGACUGUUCACAAAACAGACAGGAUAAAUCCGUCUUCUGAGAAUUUACCAAGUCAACACACUACCGUCCAGGUGAGAAGUUCAGGAACACAAUUGGGUCUCUGUGAAUUGUGUUAAUAUUUCAUAUUGAUGUUCUGUAUUCUGUCAACAGCUCCUUUAUCCAAAUAUCUACCUACAGUCUGGGGUCCCAGUUUUGUUGUUGGUUUUCCUUUUAAUUUGUGUGAAGCUGAUAAACUUGAAAUGCUGGAAUAGAAACAUGUUUCUGUGCAUGUGACACAUGUGUACUUAGUGUCAUGCUCUUAAACAUGUCAUUGUAUUUUCUUGUCUCAGUAGUCAUGAAAAUUUUGAAUACUUCAACUGGAUAAUCUGGGACAAAAUUUGUAAAUAUAAUUUUACUUACAAUAAUAAUUUCCUACAGAAGAAUAAACAUCUCAGGAUGUCCUUAAUAGCUGCAGCUUAGAGCAGCUGAGUUUGCCGCCACCUUCCCUGUGGCGGGCACAGUGCCCAUGUCAUUGCCUUAUGUCCUCAGUGACUUGCAGAGCUGCCAAAGAAAAAUAUAUUGGUGGAAUUAAACUGAAGUUUAUAAGCCAAUUGCCAAAAAUACCAAAACACUAUUUUUCUACAAUUAUAAGUUUCAAAUUACAGUCUUAUUUUGCCGUCUCAAAGCCUUUGACUAGCUGAUUGUAACUUAUUACACAAAUAGUAAAUAUCGUAAGAACCUUAAAUAUUUGACCUGAGUUUGUACCAUGCCCCUGCCUUGUUUUUUUUAAAAAGUUGUAUGGCCAAGUAUGGUGACAUAUGGCUGUAAUCCCAGCAC